AUGGUUAACAGAAAUCGUGAUACUAGCAAAUGGUGUGACUUCCAUAGGGACCAUGGUCACACCACUGAAGAAUGCACACAUUUGAAGGACAACAUUGAAGACUUGGUCAGGAGAAGGUACUUGAACCAGUUUAAGCAGCGCGAUGACCCUCCCAGAAGGAGGGAUGAGGAUAGAGCGGGCCGCCCUAACCGCAAAGGAGGUCAUAGGGGCCCAGCCGGAGACAGAGACAUAGUCGGCAAGCCAGAAGGCAGGGUGUAUGUGAUCGGCGGGGGCCCAGUACAUGGGGGAACAGUCAACAGAGCGCGAGCUGACCUGCGGGCGAUGAUACAUAAAAUAAACGACAAUGAUAAGCGUAGAUGGCCACCUCUUCCCCCGCAGCCGCAGGCCACGUUUGACGAGUAUGAUCAGAAGGGCAUAAUUUACCCCCAUGAUGAUCCGCUGGUGGUGACAAUGAGAAUUGCAAACUGGGAGGUGGAUAGAAUACUGAUAGACGGGGGCAGCUCAGCCAACAUCAUAUACAUCAGUGCGUUCAACGAGCUGAAGUUGGACAGAAAAGACCUGAAGUGGGUGAGCUACGAAGUCACCGGGUUUAAUGGAUCAGGGCUUACCCCGGAAGGUAUAAUCGAACUCUCAGUCCGAGUAGGGGAAAGAUCAAGAAGGCGUGAUGUCCGGGCAGAGUUCCUCGUGAUAAACUCCCCUUCACCCUACAAUGUGAUCAUGGGAAGACCGCUCAUCCACAAGAUAGGCGGGGUGGUAUCCACCUAUCACCUUGCCAUGGCCUACACAACUAAUGAGGGACGACAGCGGCUUGGUUCUGAGAAAAGACCCCCUGAACAACCUGAGAAGAAGUCGAGGAAAAGGAAGCGUGAAGAAUAUCACAGGGAAAAGGAUAAGCAGAAGUUAGCAAUGGAGAACUUCGAGCCUGCUUAA